AUGAGUGCCAAGAAAGGUCCAACAAGGAGCCCCGUUCGAAAGGGAGCAAAAGCAGCAACUUCUGCAAAGCAGGGAGGAAAGGUCUCUGGGAAUCCAGGUCAAAAAACGGAUGGGAAAGGUGCAGCUGAACCAAGCAGUGGCUCCAAGCCCCUGGAGGAACCACCCAGCAGUCAAGCCCCAGAGCUUAGCCGUGAAGCAAAGGCUGCACUCACCCUGCAGAGUGGCUUCCGUCGCCUCUUGGCCUGUCGGGAAAGAGCAAGGCGGCUGAAGGAGCGGCAGGAAUACAACGAGUUAAUGGAGCGCCUCCAGAGAGAGGCCUUUGUCGCUUUGGUGAAGAGGGAGCAAGAGGAAGCGGAGCGGGAGCGAAAGAGGGAGGAGGAAGAGAAGAGGAAGCAGCGCGAGGAACAGCACAGGAGGAAGCGGAUGCUGGAAGCCGCCUUUGACGGGGACGUGGAAGAGAUGAAGGCCAUUCUGAAAGAGGUGGCCAACCUGGACACCCAGAAUGGGGUGGGGACUGACGAGAAGGGGAAGGCUGUGCGCCUCCAGCAUCGCCUCAACAUCGUGGACUGCACAGACGCCAAUGGCAACACCCCCCUCUCCGAGGCCUCUGGCGGGGGACACCCCGAAGCCAUCCGGAUGCUGAUUGAGAAUGGGGCCAAUCCAAACAGCCGAGGUGCUUUUAAUCGGACUCCUUUGUACCGAGCUGCAUUUGGAGGUCACCUGGCGGCAGUAGAACUCCUCCUUCAGUAUGGGGCGGAUCCUCGGCUUUAUGCUGAUGAUGGCAACACACCUGAGCAGGUCGCCUCUCUGGAUAGCUUGGUGACUGUCCUGAAGUCCUGGGACAUUAGCCUGACAGAGGCCAUGCUUCAGAAGAUGGAGGCAGGGCAGCAGCGAAGGGCCCAGGAGGAAAAGAAGGUGAACGAAGCAAAGACACACCGGUGA